AUGUCCCCUUUCAUCACACGAGACGGCAGCCCCACGACGGGAACUGCAGCAAAGACUGGAUCAUACCCAACAGCAAUGGCGGUGUCAAAGGCGGUGGAGGAGGACUAUGAGCCUGCGCCCGAGUCUCACCCUCCCGCACCAGUCGAGCAGGUGUUACACAACCGGUCAACGAGGCAUGUUGCGGAGAGGCCACUUUAUGCUCCCUCACACCGAAAAGCGCUUCACUCGGCGAAGCUCGCUGCCUUACAUGCUCGACUAUCACUUCCUUCGAAGCUACCGUUGCAGACUCUAGCACGAUGCUUGAUCGACUCCUCAGCUGACCCGCGGCCCGGAUAUAACAAUGCUCCCUUAGCGAUACUGGGCCAGGACCUACUAGGCUACUAUACUGCCGAGUACAUUCUUUGCCACUAUCCACGACUACCCAUGGCCAUCUUAUUCGCCGCGCAGUAUGCCUACGUUGGCAACGCCACUCUUGCGGCCAUGCGAUCAGAGUGGGGCGUAGAAACUGUAGGCGCGCCUGGGCAAGAGGUAGAGCCUGGGUUACUGCAGCUCAAGAGAUUGAUGCCUGGUAAUGCGAUGCUGGAGGGUGAGAACAUCAGAGUGAGAGACAUGCCGCAAGCACGACGGCUAGGCAGUGGCAGACGGAAUGAAGCCUUCGACUACCGGAGAGGCAUGAGCAGCAGGGUUGUAUACGACGACCAAUUUGGCGACUUGCAGACUGGCCUACCGCCUAAUGAUGCACGGCCUUUCUUUGGUGCGCCCAUAUCCACGCCGAAUACCACAAGUGAUGUUGAAGGGACUUCAAAUGAAGCACAACCCCAGCGAGACGCCAGUGCAUUGUCAGUGCAUGAUCCGCCAGAAGGGCCGCAGACUGUGGAAGACACCGAACCAACAACAGUCGAAUUGGCUUCAGCAUCCUUCGUCCGAGCAUUAGCCGGCGCGCUAUACUUACAUGCAGGCGCUACUGCUUCGAAGACCUUCCACAAGGACCAUGUCCUCAGCCGGCAUGUACAGCUACACACUUUAUUCCACUUCACACAUCCAACCAGGGAUCUGAGCAACCUUUGCAAACGUGAAGGCUUCGAGCCUCCUGUAGCACGACUCAUUAGCGAGACUGGAAGGCUAAGUCGGACGCCAGUCUUUGUUGUUGGUGUCUUUUCCGGCGAGGAGAAGUUGGGUGAAGCGGCUGGCGCAAGUCUGAACGAGGCUCGCAUCCGGGCGGCUGCCGCUGCGCUCCGGUCAUGGUACCUCUACUCUCCGCCAGAAACCGAAAUCUGCUUGCCUUCAGAUGCUGAAGGUCUCGCCUCGAUCUCUAAGGGUAGAGGGAAGGCUAACCAUAAAGAGGCGAAUAUGCCUUGGAAGCCUCAGAUGAUCGACAUUGGCGAGAUUAUCACUUAG